CCGCGGUGACGCAGGGACCGCGGGGAGUUGGGAGGGGAGGCUCCCCGGCCAGCGGUCAGGGCGCCCGGGCGGGGUCCCAGCUGCGGGACCCCUUGCAGGUCCUGGGCAGUGGGGCGCCCUGUCCUUUGAGGGACUCUCCUCCCUGCUGCUUCCGUACAGCUUGGGGAGGGGGCGGUCGGUGGAGGGGCUGCGAAAGGCCGGAGUUGGCUACCAAAACCAAAACCAAACCAAACAACCUGGUUUAUGUACGAGAGUUAGCAGGACAUCAGUAUGAGCUGGUCACCUUCCCUGCCAACCCAGACAUGCGGGGCCUGGGAAAUGAAAGAACGGCUUGGGACAGGGGGAUUUGGGAACGUCAUCCGAUGGCACAAUCAGGAAACGGGCGAACAGAUCGCUAUCAAGCAGUGCCGGCAGGAGCUUAGUCCCCGGAACCGCGAGCGCUGGUGCCUGGAGAUCCAGAUCAUGAGGAGGCUGAACCACCCCAACGUGGUGGCCGCCCGGGACGUCCCCGAGGGCAUGCAGAGCCUGGCUCCCAACGACCUGCCCCUGCUGGCCAUGGAGUACUGCCAGGGAGGGGACCUGCGGAAGUACCUGAACCAGUUUGAGAACUGCUGUGGCCUGCGGGAAGGAGCCAUCCUCACCUUGCUGAGCGACAUCGCCUCUGCACUUAGAUACCUUCACGAAAACAGGAUCAUCCAUCGUGAUCUAAAGCCAGAAAACAUCGUCCUGCAGCAAGGGGAACAGAGAUUAAUACACAAAAUUAUUGACCUAGGAUAUGCCAAGGAGCUGGACCAGGGCAGUCUGUGCACUUCCUUUGUGGGGACCCUGCAGUACCUGGCCCCUGAGCUGCUAGAGCAGCAGAAGUACACGGUGACCGUGGACUACUGGAGCUUCGGCACCUUGGCCUUCGAGUGUAUCACGGGCUUCCGGCCCUUCCUGCCCAACUGGCAGCCCGUGCAGUGGCACUCCAAAGUCCGGCAGAAGAGUGAGAUGGACAUUGUGGUUAGUGAGGACCUGAACGGAGCCGUGAAGUUCUCCAGCUCGUUACCCCACCCGAGCAACCUCAACAGCGUCCUGGCCCAGCGGCUGGAGAAGUGGUUGCAGCUGAUGCUGAUGUGGCACCCCCGACAGAGGGGCACCGACCCCGUCUACGGGCCCAAUGGCUGCUUUAAGGCCCUGGACGACAUCUUAAACUUGAAGCUGGUUCACGUCUUGAACAUGGUCACGGGCACCAUUCACACCUACCCCGUGGCAGAGGACGAGAGUCUGCCUAGCUUGCAGGCCCGGAUCCAGCAGGACACAGGCAUCCCUGAGGAGGACCAGGAGCUGCUGCAGGAAGCGGGUCUGGCCUUGACCCCCGACAAGCCCGCCGCUCAGUGCGCCUCCGACGGCAAGCUGAACGAGGGCCGCACCCUGGACAUGGAUCUCGUUUUCCUCUUUGACAACAACAGGGUCGCCUAUGAGACCCAGAUCUCCCCACGGCCCCAGCCUGAAAGCGUCAGCUGUAUCCUGCAAGAGCCCAAGAGGAGCCUCCCGUUCUUCCAGCUGAGGAAGGUGUGGGGUCAGGUCUGGCACAGCAUCCAGGCCCUGAAGGAGGACUGCGGCCGCCUGCAGCAGGGCCAGCGCGCCGCCAUGAUGAAUCUGCUCCGGAACAACAGCUGCCUGUCCAAGAUGAAGAAUUCCAUGGCCUCUAUGUCUCAGCAGCUCAAGGCCAAGCUGGAUUUCUUUAAAACCAGCAUCCAGAUUGACCUGGAGAAGUACAGUGAGCAGAAAGAGUUUGGGAUCACGUCAGACAAGCUGCUGCUGGCCUGGAGGGAGAUGGAGCAGGCCGUGGAGCUCUGUGGACGGGAGAACGAGGUGAAGCAGCUGGUGGAGCGGAUGAUGGCGCUACAGACGGACAUCGUGGACCUGCAGCGCAGCCCCCUGGGCUGGAAGCAGGGCGGGACGCUGGACGACCUAGAAGAGCAGGCGCGGGAGCUUUACCGGAGGCUGAGGGAGAAGCCCCGAGACCAGCGAACGGAUGGCGACAGUCAGGAAAUGGUGCGGCUGCUCCUGCAGGCCAUCCAAGGCUUCGAGAAGAAAGUGCGAGUGAUCUACACGCAGCUCAGCAAGACUGUGGUCUGCAAGCAGAAGGCUCUGGAGCUGCUGCCCAAGGUGGAGGAGGUGGUGAGCUUAAUGAGCGAGGACGAGAAGACUGUGGUUCGGCUGCAGGAGAAGCGGCAGAAGGAGCUCUGGAACCUCCUGAAGAUUGCUUGUAGCAAGGUCCGAGGUCCCGUCAGCGGAAGCCCAGACAGCAUGAACACGUCCCGCCUGAGUCACCCCAGCCAGCUGCUGUCGCAGCCUUGCCCAGCCCCUGACAGCUUACCCGAGGCCAUCAAGAGGAGCGAAGACCUUGUGGCUGAAGCACACACUCUGUGCACCCAGCUGGAAAACGCCCUACAGGACACCAUGAAGGACCAGGACCAGAGCUUAAGGGUAAUGGCCCGUGGGAAGCCCCGCCGCCCCACGCCCUUUCUUUCUACAGCAAACGAGAAAAAGCAGAUCGAAAGGCGAUGCCGUGCUCCUCGAUCGCAGGGUACACUUAGGAUUUCCUAGUACAUGCUUCUUAUUCCCCAUGAUAACAAUGCUGAUGCCUGUUGAGCGUGUGCAGGUACUUAGUGCGCAUUAUCUCAUUUCAUCCUUGCUACACUCGCUGCUUACGAAGAAGGUAGCAUCACUGUGAGAAGGCCUCUCCCCUGCUGCACCUUCUGCACAAUUGCCGGGCAUCUGUGUGUGGGGUGCAGUGCUGGGCUCCGGGAACAAAGCAAGAGCCCAUCACCACCCCGCCUCUCAGGGACUCGGGGCUUAGCAGUCCUAGUUAUAGGGAAGCUGACCUAAAGAAAAACGAGUCCAGAUGCAGGUACGUUGAGACAAAGCUGAAAUUGCGGAGAGGAUGCUAAAUCAUCCGCUAAAUCAUCCGCUUAAUCAUCCGCUUGGCUCUCUGGCCUUUUCCUGCCGAUACAGUCACAUGCUGGCGUCUCUGCAACUUCUGAUUUGGGGGAAGAAUCAGAGGGGAUACUGCUCAUUGUAACCACUUCUUAUUUAUUCAAGUGUCCUUUUCUGGUUUGGGGCUUUCUGUGUCUCUUCUUGCUGUUCUUCCUCCUCCGAGCUGUGUAUACUUGGAUCCUUUCACUGCCCGUUUGCACUUCUGCCAGAUGAAAAGGAAGUGUGACCAGGCCAUUUCACCUGGUGAGGUUGGAGGUCGAGAGCUGAGAUUAGCCCAGGGUACCAGCUGCCCACAGUGAGCGUGAGUCAGUGCUGUGAGCUGCAGUAAUAAUACUUAAAUCACCUUCCCGGAAUCUCAGGGCUCCAAGCCCAUCUGAAGAAAAGCUCCGGCAUGGUUUUGCAGACGUAGCUCUACCUCAGGGGUACCCUGCAGAAACAAGACUGUCUUAACGAGAGGAAUUCAAUUUCCCUCUAAACUGUGCUGGUUGCCUCCCGAAGAAGGCAGUGUCUAGGUGGCCACGGUGUCUUUAACGUGCCCGUUGACUUUCAGUCUCUAGACUGGAGCUGGUUGCAGUCGGGGGAGGAGGAGAAGCACAGCCUGGAGCGGGCCUCCUGAUGGUGGGCGGCCCUGACCCUGCCGGGCUGCCUGGCCCGAGGCCCCCGGGGCCCCGCCGCGUCGCGUCCGGUGUCCUCGGCACCCAGGUGGAGAUCUCGCUUCCCCAGCAGCCAUGACCAUCACCGUGGACCGAGGGUGCAGCCCUCCGUGGCAGUGCCAGCAGCUUAUCUGCACGCUGGACGUCCUCCGCCACAGGGGCCCGGCAGACGAGGAUGCCGAGCGCGGCGUCUGGGGAGGUGGAGCCACGGCAGCCACUGCCUCUGCGCAGAGAGAAGUGCUCCGAGUACAGUGGCUCCACAGACCACCAGCCACACGUCAGACUGACUUUUAGGACGAAGUAUGAAUGGCACUUGGUGCUAGCUGUCCUCUCCUGACCCCUCCUGAUCUCCAGAGGCCUCAUCCACCUGUCUUCACAGCUAAGGUUUCAUCUGGAUCUGGCUUCUCUUGAAACCGUGGAUUCGGCCCAGCCCGGUCCUCCCUCCUCUUCUGACUUCACGGCUGCUAACGUUUUCCUUCUGCCUGCGACCUUGGGCCAGGUUGGGUGAGUGCUGCUUUCCCCGUCCAGAGUCUCUCCAGCCAGAGUGAGUCGCUAGUGCCAGGAGGGGAGAGUGUCUCCCUUCCUGUGGGUCCCAAAGAGUCCCCAGGAGCAAGCUGCCAUGGAGAAGAAGGAAAGAAGAGGAAGAUGUCUGUCAACCACCAGCUUGCUGACCCCUGUGCCCACACCCCCUGCCCCUGGGUGCGGCAGGGUGGACGGGGCAGUUCCCAUCCCUCGUGUCAUCCAGCGGUAUUAUUAAGUGGAUUUAUAUUUAAAAAACAGAGUCUCUAUUUUGUAACAUGAUACAAGUCCCACAGUCUAUUUUUAUAAUACCUCUGGUUGGGACUUCUGAACUCAAAGUCCAGCUUUAAUGGAAAGCUUUAUGAAAUUGAGUGGCGCCUGACCAAACAGUACCAGAGCACCAGCAAGGCCUCUUGGACGUUUCACAAAAGUUGCUCCUUCCUAUAACAGCAGGAAAGCAGAGUGAGUUCAGAUGAUAACAAACAGGCAAGUCUGGUUGGAGAAGAAAGUGGGACGAGAAGAGUUUCACAGAGUGCCUUCCAUGGAGGCGGUACAGUGGGUUCCGUGUCAGGGAAGUUGGGGAAACGCUUCAUGCUUUAACUGCCUCUUGGAGAUUCACCUUGUGCACUGGUUUAUUAAAGAAUCUGAAAGAUCUAUAAUAAUAAACUGGCUUAAAUCUGCCUAAAUCCACUGUUUACCCAA